CUCACCCGCGCACCCCGCGCACCCCGCGGCCGCAGGAGGGCCCAGCGCCGCCGCCCGCGAGCUCCCAGGGCCCGGCCCGCUCCGGCGCCCGCGCUCUCGGGGCGGACUCCUGGCCCUCCGAGAUCUCCCGCCCGGCGAUGGCCCCGCUCGGAUAUUUCAUAUUCCUCUACGGCCUGAAGCAAGCGCUGGGCAACUACCCGAUCUGGUGGUCCCUGGCUGUUGGGCCCCAGUACUCAUCCCUGGGGACCCAGCCCAUCCUCUGCGCCAGCAUCCCAGGCUUAGUACCCAAGCAGCUGCGUUUCUGCCGGAACUACGUGGAGAUCAUGCCCAGCGUGGCAGAGGGCAUCAAAAUCAGCAUCCAGGAGUGCCAACACCAGUUCCGUGGCCGCCGUUGGAACUGCACCACCAUCAACAACAGCCUGGCCAUCUUUGGCCCCGUGCUGGACAAAGCUACUCGGGAGUCCGCCUUCGUGCACGCCAUCGCCUCUGCCGGCGUAGCCUUCGCGGUGACGCGCUCUUGCGCCGAGGGCUCCGCUGCCAUCUGCGGCUGCAGCAACCGCCAUCAGGGCUCGCCCGGUGAGGGCUGGAAGUGGGGCGGCUGCAGCGAGGACAUCGAGUUCGGCGGGAUGGUGUCUCGGGAGUUCGCAGAUGCGCGGGAGAACCGCCCAGACGCUCGCUCCGCGAUGAACCGCCACAACAAUGAGGCUGGGCGUCAGGCCAUCGCCAGUCACAUGCACCUCAAGUGCAAGUGCCAUGGGCUCUCGGGCAGCUGCGAAGUGAAGACCUGCUGGUGGUCGCAGCCUGACUUCCGCGCCAUUGGUGACUUCCUCAAGGAUAAGUAUGACAGCGCCUCAGAGAUGGUGGUGGAGAAGCACCGCGAGUCCCGCGGCUGGGUGGAGACCCUGCGGCCACGCUACACCUACUUCAAGGUGCCCACAGAGCGCGACCUGGUCUACUACGAGGCCUCGCCCAACUUCUGUGAGCCCAACCCCGAGACGGGAUCUUUCGGCACGCGAGACCGCACCUGCAACGUGAGCUCGCACGGCAUAGACGGCUGCGACCUGCUGUGCUGCGGCCGCGGCCACAACGCGCGCACCGAGCAGCGGAGGGAGAAGUGCCACUGCGUCUUCCACUGGUGCUGCUACGUGAGCUGCCAGGAGUGCGCGCGCGUCUACGACGUGCACACCUGCAAGUAGAGGGCGUCGCCAUCGGCGCCCGCGGGAGAGGAGCAAAGCCUCCUGUUCCGGACUUGCUGUUGCCGCCCUCAUGGCCUCAGCACCUCUCUCCAGCACCCUCAUUCACAGUCCUCUGUAAAGGAAAGGCAAGAAGGGGACCUAGACUCGAAGGCUGCCCAGAGUCACUGGGCUGCACUGCUGCCCAGGUCCUACUCAGCUCUGUAACCUACCUUGGAGGCUUACCUGGGGUUGUUCGGGCGAUUUGGAGUCAGAGGAUGAUACAACACUGGAGCUACAGAGAGAGGACCCAAAGGCCCAGAGGACUGGUCUCUGCCCCAGCCCCUUAUGGCCAGGACUGACCCCCAGGUCCUGCUGCUAUGUCUAUGGUACACCAGACCUACCUGCCACUGGCCAUUGUGGAGUCUCCGGUGGGCUACUUGGCUUGGCCCUCAUCACAUCUGACUCAUUCAUCCUGUCUGGGAAUGAGCAAGGCCGAUGGACCCCUCAACUAAUGCCCAUAGGAACUGCCCACCAUGUGCUGCCAUGCCAAGACUUUCCUCCUCGGCCUCUGGUACUGUGAAAUGUUGCCCGGCCCCUGUCCCUGAGGGCCUCCUCUCCAAGCAGGGGGAAAGACAAUGGAGGGAGCUGCACACCCCACUAGGAAUACGACCUUCCUCUCCUUGAAUUUUGCAUUUGUGGGUUUUAAUUUUAUUUCCAAUGCUGCUAUAUUCACCAUACACAGGAGCUAGACAA